GGAGCGUGGUUGUAAUUAGGGUGCCGCUGCGGCUGCACUCUUGUCCCACAAUGGCUGCUGCUCCGCUCCGCUCCGUACUCCGCCGCAAUGGCCUUCUGCCCUUGUUCGAAACCUGCCGCCUUCGAGAUCUCCUCUUCUUCUCCUCCUCUGUCGACGCUGCCGCCGCCGUAGGCGGCACCAUAUCUCCAGAUCCCCACUUCAUGGUGGAAUACCUCGUGAACUCCUGCGGGUUCUCCCCCUCCGAGGCAGCCAUGUUCUCUGAACCCCUUGCGCACCUCCGAUCCACCGAGAAACCCGACGCCGUCCUUAACUUCAUGAGAUCUCAGGGCUUCGAUGGCGCCGGUAUCAGGAAGGUGAUAUCUGGGGAUCCCAGAUACUUAUGCUGCAACGUGGAGAAGAACCUCACCCCGAAGUUUCAGUUCUUACGCGAUUUGGGCCUAUCGGAGUCGGACAUCGUCGAUGUCAUCCGGAAUAACGAUGACAUCCUCUGCCGCAACGUUCACCGUUCCUUCGGCCCCAAAUUGGAGACAUGGGAAAGUCUCUUGGGAUCGAGAGAGCUCGUUCUCAAGCAUCUCAAGAAGUCAGGAUGGUUUUUCUUCUCCAGCGUCGAGAAGACAUUGCAUCCUAACCUAAAGUUCUUGAGGGAUGAGUGCGGCAUUCCGGAAGAAAGGUUCUCUCUCGUCUUGAGAAGUCACCCACAAUUAAUCUCACAGAAACCAAAGUCACUCCGAGCUUUGGUGGCGAGAGCCGAUGAGCUGGGGAUGCCACGGCAAUCUCGGAUGUUCAUGUGGACACUUGUUGUUUUCCACAACGUAAGCCAAGAAAGGUUCGAGGCCAAGGUCGAGCUCAUGAGGAGCUUCGGGUGGUCGGAGUCGGAGUUUUCUUCUGCAGUCAGGAAAGCACCCACCUUCUUACGCGUGUCCGUCGACAUGAUGCGCAGAAAAAUGGAAUUUUUUAUCAAUAUAGUCGGGUACACCCCUUCCUUCAUCGCCUCCCAACCAACUAUCUUGCUAUAUGGUCUGCAGAAGAGGGUAAUUCCUCGGUUUCGUGUUUUGGAGAUGUUGAUUACGAAAGGCUUGGGGACUCGACUAGGCAAGUUUUCGUACUAUGUGAAAUUAUCAAAUACAAAAUUCCGGGAGAAGAUUGUUCUACCUUACAAAGAAAAGGUUCCUGAGCUUCUUGAUAUUUUGAGAGCAGGUGAGUGUGAAGGGAAAUGAGCCCUUUUAUUUGGUAUCAGAGGAGGAUGAGAAGGGCUUAGCUGAUGGUCUAACUCACAUUUGAAUUUCUCAACAGGAGCUGAGCAGUGAUUCGGCACCUUUUCCCUUGACAACAAGCUGUCUUACAUCGACCACCAGCCUUGGCUACUGAGGUGCAGUCCAGUGAAAGAAUUAUUCCUUUGGUGCCAUAUGGUAGUAAUGUUGUAAUUGGAAGGUCUACGCAUUGCCCAACACAAAAUGUCUUCCAGUUUUACUCAUUAAGGUUCAUGGAAAAGUCUGUUCUUUGUUGCAAAGCACAAGUCCCUGGCCUGUUUGAAAUCUCUGAUAGAUGAAGGUAGAUUAUUCCCCUAGUUUGAGAUUCUGGAAAUAGAAUGCAAAUGGCUUCUCUAAAAGUCUAUUGAGGUGUGAGAUUCUUCUCAUGUGACAAGCUAGUUUAGCAUUGAUUAUAAACCAACUUUGUUUGUAUGUGACAAUGCAAAUGGCACAGUAUUGUUGGUUUGUAUGUGAACUGCAGAUUUUAGAAAUUCUGCUUAGCAGUCCAACGGAGAUUAUUUUGGAUCUUAGGAACAUUUGGAUUCUGUUUAAGUUGAUUCUGAAAGGGUAUUUGGAUUCUGUCCAAUGUAAUUCCGGAUCGGUUAUUGGUUGUUGGGUGAGUGUGAAAGAGCCAUGUUUCAGAUUAAGUUAUGCAGUAUGUAUACACCACCAAAGAUAACGAGAAGUUAAAUGGAGUAGUACUUGCUCUGAUGAUUUUAGUAGCUGAAAAAAAUUUAAACCCCAAAGUGUUGUUUCUAUAAUUUGUUGUAGGGGCCUCAAUGGAAUUUGGAAGACCAGUUUUUGUGUUGAUCAGGAUUACCAUUGGCUUGGUACUCACCCAUUUCUUUUGCAUGUAAGAAGGUGUCACUUUGCUUGCAGGUUGAAUGGACUUCAGAGAAUCAAAACUUGUCGAAUUUUGUGUAGCUGUGCAUGAAUUGUGGAACUGAUAGAACAAACAAGUGCAUCAAGAAUAUUGGAAGGAAUUAGGGUACCCCUUUCAGGUCAUUUUCCUCUCCCACGAUGGCGGCUGCGACGCUGCGCUCCGUACUCCGCCGCAAUCGCCUCCUUCCCUUGUUCGAAACCUGCCGCCUUCGAGAUCGCCUCUUCUUCUCCUCCUCUGUCGACGCUGCCGCCGUCACCGUAGGCGGCACCAUGUCUCCAGAUCCCCACUUCAUGGUGGAAUACCUCCUGAACUCCUGCGGGUUCUCCUCCUCCGAGGCAGCCAAGUUCUCUAAAUCCCUUGCGCACCUCCGAUCCACCGAGAAACCCGACGACGUCCUUAACUUCAUGAGAUCUCAGGGCUUCGACGGCGCCGGUAUCAGGAAGGUGAUAUCUGCGGAUCCCAGAUACUUAUGCUACAACGUGGAGAAGAACCUCGCCCCGAAGUUUCAGUUCUUACGCGAUUUGGGCCUAUCUGAGUCGGAUAUCGUCGAUGCCAUCCUGAAGAACAAUGGCAUCCUCCACUACAACGUUCACCGUUACUUGGUCCCCAAAUUGGAGAUGUGGGAAAGUCUCUUGGGAUCGAGAGAGCUCGUUCUCAAGCAUCUCAAGAAGUCAAGAUGGUUUUUCUUCUCCAGCGUUGAGAAGACUUUGCAGCCUAACCUAAAGUUCUUGAGGGAUGAGUGCGGCAUUCCUGAAGAAAGGGUCUCUGUCGUCUUGAGAAGUGACCCAAAAUUCAUCUCACAGAAAUCAGAGUCUCUCCGAGCUUUGGUGGCGAGAGCCGAUGAGCUGGGGAUGCCACGGCAAUCUCGGAUGUUCGUGCGGACACUUGUUGCUCUCCACAACGUAAGCAAAGAAAGGUUCGAGGCCAAGGUCGAGCUCAUGAGGAGCUUCGGGUGGUCGGAGUCGGAGUUUUCUUCUGCAGUCAGGAAAUCACCCACCUUCUUAGGUAUCUCCCUCGAUAUGUUUCGCAGAAAAGUGGAAUUUUUUAUCAAUGUGAGAUGUUGAAAUCGAAAGGAUUGUGGACGGGACAAGCCAAGUUUCCAUACAUUCUCGCAUUAUCAGAUACCAAAUUCUUGGAGAAGUUUGUUCUCCCUCACGAAGAAAAUGUUCCUGAGCUGCUCGAUAUUUUGAGAGUUGAUGGCGUGUGUAAAGGAAAAUGAUACCUUUCAUUUGGUAUCGGAGGCUGAGAAAGGGCUUAGCUGAUGGUCUAAUUUGCCAACAAAGGUGCAGAUCUCUUCAUUCUUGGAGUUCAUUCUUGGAUUUGGUGGAUGCAACUUCUCAUCAUCAUAGCUGAAGCUUCUGGUCUACUUGAAAGCCUUCAGAAGGCUGCACAACUAAAUUUCUCCAACAUCUGAAUCGAACUAAUUCCCUUGAGUUAGUCGAUUCACUGGUUCCUUCUUUUAUUUCUUUGUUCAAGUCUUUAUGUUGUCGAUGUGGUCCAUGUUUCCCGCAUCAUGAAAGGCGUGGGCCAUUGGCUAGUCAAUCUUGGAAGGACUGUAAAUUCUGUCUUUUUGGUUCUUGUAAUAAUAGAUCAAUCUAGCUCGGUAUCUAAUCCACUUUAAUCUUUA